AUGUGUCUUCGGAUUGUCUCUGCUCCAUGCCGCCUACAAGAACCUUUUCUUUGUCUCUCUUUCAAACCUCACCUCAUAGGGAUGAUAGAGAUGCUGCUAGAGUCGCCACUGGAGGAGUGGCAGGCAUCGGACCUAAGGGACGCGGGGGAGUGUGCGCGGGAGAUGGUUGACCUCAUCAACCGCGUGCUCGACCUCGCCAAACUGCAGGCCGGCCCCCUGCAGCUCGAGGGUCUGCCGCUCUGCCUGCCUCGCGUGGCUCAGCAUGCCGUCGCCCUCGCUGCUCAAGACCCGUGCGCCAGGGGGUUGCAAGCGCAUGCAGCAAGCAACACUCUAGUGGGCGACGUCACCUUCCAUGUGUGGUGUGCCGCCCCUCCUCUCCAGCAAGGCCCUCAUGCAACCUCUUCUCAACCCACCACCCCUUGCCUCACCACCUCUCGUCCCACCACCCCUCCUCCAACCACCUCUCGUCCCACCACCCCUUGCCUCACCACCUCUCGUCCCACCACCCCUCCUCCAACCACCUCUCGUCCCACCACCCCUUGCCUCACCACCUCUCGUCCCACCACCCCUCCUCCAACCACCUCUCGUCCCACCACCCCUUGCCUCACCACCUCUCGUCCCACCACCCCUCCUCCAACCACCUCUCGUCCCACCACCCCUUGCCUCACCACCUCUCGUCCCACCACCCCUCCUCCAACCACCUCUCGUCCCACCACCCCUUGCCUCACCACCUCUCGUCCCACCACCCCUCCUCCAACCACCUCUCGUCCCACCACCCCUUGCCUCACCACCUCUCGUCCCACCACCCCUCCUCCAACCACCUCUCGUCCCACCACCCCUUGCCUCACCACCUCUCGUCCCACCAUCCCUCCUCCAACCACCUCUCGUCCCACCACCCCCCAAUCGUCCUCCUCUCGUCCUGCCACCCCUCGUUUCCAAUGCUCCAGCACACCACUUUCAUCCCUUCCUCCUAAACCCACCUCGUGGCAACCUCCCCCCGCCCUCAAAAUAUCUCAAGCCCCUCAAAACUCUCGCACCCAUCUCACCCCACCAGCCUCACCAGCCCCUCAAACUCCUCGCACCCCUCCAUUUUCUCCAGCCCCUGCUGCCCUGCACUCUUCUCGCUCCCCCCCAGUCGCUCGCACCCCUCCAUUAUCUCCAGCCCCUGCGGCUCUGCACGCCCCCACAGCCUGGCAGCAGCAGGCAGCGUGUGUGCGGAGCUUUCCCCCAGACACCCGCCUGGUGUGCACCCUUCAGCACCUCUCAGCACCCUUGGGAAGUCUCUCCGCCCAAGCAGAAAUUCAGGGUGAAAGGCUGUUGGCAGGGUUGGGAGGGCUGGGAGGGGCGGGAUGGCUGGCAGCGUUGGGCCUGUCAAAAGAGUGGGGAGGGGGGAGAGGUGGAAGGGAAACGUGUGUGGGUGAGCAGCAAAACACAGGUGUGGAGAGUGGUGGAGAUGGGCAGGUGGAGAGUGGUGAGGGAGGGCGGCUAGAGAGGGAGGUGACAGCGUGGGUGGAGGGGGUGUGCCGGGCGAGAGGUGCAGAGGCAUCGUGUGUGGGUGAGCGGCAAAACACAGGUGUUGGGAGUGGUGAGGGAGGGCGGCUAGAGAGGGAGGUGGCUGCAUGGCUGGAAGGGGCGUGCAAGGCGAGAGGGGAGGGCGAGUGGAUGGUGGUGAUGGCGUGUGAGGAUACGGGCGGUGGUAUUCCACCCGAGGAGAUGCGGUGGGUGCUGGAUCCAUAUGGGGGCGACCCUCACCACUCCACAUGCUCCCCUGCUGCUGCUGAUGAUGCGGCUGAUGAUACUGAUGGUGUUAAUGGUGCUGAUAGUGGUGGUAAGCGUAGCAAUAGCAAGAAGCAACGAAGAGUCGCGGUGAGUGAAGCCAUACCUGAGUGUAUACGUGCAUAUGUGCGUGCAUGA